AUGAUCGAUUAUCAAUUUAAAGAGGAAUUGACACAGAAAAGGGAACGAGUCGAGGAUUUAUUUUAUUUCGAAGGAUCAAAGGUUGGCCGUGGCACGUAUGGACUCGUUUUCAAAGCGAUCCCAAAGACGCAAAACGAACGAUAUCCGAAGAAAGAAUACGCGCUGAAAUUGAUUGAAGGGAAUGGCUUCUCGACGAGUGCUUGCAGAGAAAUCGCAUUGUUGAGAGAACUCAAACAUCCAAAUCUUAUCCGAUUGCAACGGGUUUUUCUGACAAACGAGAAGAAAGUGUGGCUACUCCUUGACUACGCAGAACACGAUUUAUGGCAUAUCAUCAAAUAUCACCGGGGUAAG